UUUAUGAUAGUAUUUCCUACUCAUAAUGAAAGAAAAGAUUUGUAUGUCUGUGAUUAUGAUUUAUGGUUUCAAGUUGCAAAAACAAUGGCUCAUGAAUCAUGAUAAAAUUUAACAAAUAAGAGAACUAUUUUGAUUAUUAAAUACCCAUUUGGCCAAUAUUCGAUUGCUGUGGUUAACAUAAAAUAUUUUCGGGCUUAAAUAUUAGAACUUAGAAUUUUUUUAUUUAUUGUUGAGACUUGUUGCGAGAUCUUAAACGUCAUGUCCGACGACGUAAGCGAGAUGGUAAACAAAUUUAGAGAUGUUUAUUUGCACAGCAAGUUUGAUGAAGAUCUAAACAACGAUUCAAAAACGGCUAAUUCAAAAAGAAAAUGCUUGUACCAAGCAUAUUCCUUGGCUAACUCUUUAAAAGAAACUGAUUGGAUAUGGAGCCACAUGCGAUCUGAAUUAAAAUCUUACUCAAAUCUUAUUGACAAUAAAAAAGGUGUCAAUAAUUAUAUACCCGCUAUUGAUAAAUUGACCUUAGGAAUUAACAAUGUAAAAACUUGGAAGAUGAAGACCAAGUUUGAUGUAACAACACCUGUUAAUGAUUUUAAAAAAUCAAUUAAAUGUCCAGAUCUUUAUAACUGUAAAAUUGAACCAAGCAACGAAUUUUACUUGAGUUUUCCAAAUAAAAACUAUGUUACUCAAAACACAAAUAUUUCUAGCAAUCAUAUAAUUCAAACAAAUUCAUUAAAAAAUGGAUCAAAUACUCAGGCAUUUCAGAUUGAUAAUCAUACAACACCUAUUAAUAAUAGAAAAAGAAGUAAUUAUGAUGAAGAUUCACCUCCACACAUACAGCCAAACAUAAAAAAUAAACGUGAAGAACCUUCCUAUAGUAAUCAAUCUCAAUUUAAUGGUUUUCAUACUGCAAAAACAGAAUUGCAUAUUCAAGUUAAAAAACAAAACAAUGUUAAUUCUAAUACUUCAGAAACAUUUAUUAAAAAAUCUUUGGGUGUCAAUAAAUCCCGUAGUGUUGUUAGCAAAUUUAUAAAUCCGUCAAUUGAUAAUCAAAAAAAAGAUGAAAUAAGAAAUGAAUCAACUAUUGAUGAAAAUCCAUAUUUAAGAAAUAUUGAUCCUAAAAUGGUUGAAAUGAUUAGAAAUGAAAUAAUUGAAUGUAAAAAUCUAAUAACAUGGGAUGACAUAUCUGGAUUACAGUUUGCUAAGAAUACUAUACAAGAAUCUGUAAUUUGGCCUCUUUUAAGACCAGAUAUAUUCAAGGGAAUUCGAAGACCACCUAAAGGUAUAUUACUUUUUGGUCCACCUGGCACUGGAAAAACUUUAAUUGGUAAAUGUAUUGCUUCUCAAUCCAACUCAACAUUUUUCAGUAUAAGUGCAUCAACUAUUACAUCUAAAUGGAUUGGGGAAGGAGAGAAAUCUGUAAGAGCUUUAUUUGCAGUAGCAAGAUGUCAUCAGCCAGCAGUCAUUUUUAUUGAUGAAAUUGAUUCAUUAUUAUGUCAAAGAAACGAACAAGAACAUGAUAGUUCUAGAAAAAUUAAAACUGAGUUUCUUAUCCAACUAGAUGGAGCUGGUACAAGUGAUGAUGAUAGAAUAUUAAUAAUUGGUGCAACAAAUAGACCCCAAGAAUUAGAUGAAGCUGCUAGAAGAAGACUUGUAAAAAAACUUUAUAUUCGAUUGCCUGAUCUACAAGCUAGAAAAGAUAUGAUUAAAAAGUUAGUAGAUUCAGAAAACCAUGUUUUAUCUGAUGAUGAUUUAGAAAAAAUUGCUUCUUUAAGUAAUGGUUAUUCUGGUGCAGAUAUGAAAAGUCUGUGCCAAGAAGCAUCUCUUGGACCUAUCAGAUCAAUGACUUUUGAUAUGAUAAACAAAAUUGAAGCUGAUCAAGUGCGUCCAAUUAAUUUACAAGAUUUUCUGUCUGCAUUAAAUAUUGUCAUGCCUAGUGUAUCUUCUGAAGAUUUAAGUCACUAUGUAACAUGGAAUGAAAAAUUUGGGUGUAGUGAUACUGGGUGUAGUGUCUAGACAGAUUGUUAAAUGUAGAUAAAUUAAUUAUAAAAUAUUUCAAUUAUCAAUAAAUAUAUUUAUUUUUUUUUUU